AUGGGACUACCGCGGGAAAUAUGUAUUUUCCUAUUCUCUCUGUCGGCUCUUGCGGUACUUUAUGCCAUGAACACCGUUCCAGCUUUUCAAGAGCCCUUCGUCAUACUGGAGAUCGGAGUCGGGGUUCUGGUGGCCGUGUUCCUUCUGGUCUUCCUCGCGGUCCGACACGAUCCUCCCAAGGACCCCCUGUUCUACGUAUUUGCUGAGUUUUCCUUCACUUGCAUCAUUGACCUGACCAGCGCUUUGGAGUACGAUGGAUUCGCCUCCGGAUUCAUGGAAUUCUACAGAACUACGGGCGAGCCAUAUCUGGGCACAGCCUACGCCAUUAUGAUGUGCUACUGGGACGGCAUCAUGCACUUCUUCCUGUACCUCCUCAUGGUGCGUCGCAUGAGUCAGAAGAAGCCGUACCGGACUGUGGGCAUUUUCUGGGCAGGCUCCCUGUUUGCCAACAUGGUCAUCUUCGUGCCAGGGAUCGUCCUCGGUAAAUACGGAUCAGAAAUCCGCCCCGCGUUCUGGCUCAACAUGCCCUUCCUGUUAGUGCCCAUUUGGGGUGCGGUUGCCCUGUUCCGGAGGCGGAGGGAGCUGCCGGCCGUCUCCCCGGGAAAGAUUGAGCGCGUGCAGAAGAGAAACCUGCUUCUCCGCCCCCUGGACUUCCUGCUGAUCAUCUGUCUGCUGGGGGCCAUUGGCUUCUCCAUCUUCAGGGGCUUUGUUGUUCUUGAUUGUCCUCUGGAGACCUGCCUCACCUACAUUAACAAGUAUGAGCCCUACCUGAAGGACCCAGUGGGCUAUCCCAAGGUCAUGAUGCUCCUCUUCAUGUUCUAUGCCACGCCCCUGCUGGCUCUGUUCACCUAUGGGCUGUGGACACCUGGCUGCACCUGGAUGCUGGACUGGACCGUGUACUUUGCUGGAGCCAUGGCUCAGUGCCAGUGGUCCCACGUCGGGGCGUCCCUGCAUUCCCGGACCCCUCUGCCGUACCGGAUCCCCCAGGAGAUGUGGAAGCCCGUCCUCGGGCUCAAUCUGGCGUAUCUGGCGGUCCCCCUCAUUCUGGCCCUGCGCUGCACCCGCAACCCCGCCUUCUUCAUGAGGGCGGCGCCCGAGGGGCAGGCCAAUCACGAGAAGAAGUACAACUGACCUCGCCGCGCCACGCGGGGCUCCUCCUCCACCCCGAACCCCAACACCACGUCCGGUACACUCCGCCAAUCAGGGAGCAGGAGUCAACAUGGCUGACCGCGUGCCAGCGGAACACUGCGGCACCGCCAACUCCGCAGGGGUGUAAACCUCAGGCUUCACCACGACAGGAUAGGAUUUCGAUUCUUGAGGCAACGGUUCAAUAUUCGGCAAUAUCACAAAUUAUGCUAUAAUACGAUACAAAAUGAUCCAAAAUAGUAAGAAACGAUCAAUUUAUAUAUAUGAUCCAGCUAAUACAACCGUGUUACAACAUACACAUACAACCAAAAUGAGGUUGAGAGUGCAAAAACCUAUUUACGUCAUGUUUAACAGAAGGAAAAAUGGCACUACGUGAAUGGUGGUGAGCUUCGGUCGUAAAACAUAAACAGUGAUGCUGGCAGUGUUGCUAGUGAGCAACCCAGCAUAAGAUUAUAGAUAUUUAAGAAAAUAUUUUGCUAUGAUGCAUAACAAUAUGGAUUGAUUUUUGUAUACUGUAUCGAUUGGAUCGGAUCGUUACCCUUUGAACCGAUACAUCGAUCCGGGUCUAUGUAAUGUUACACCCCUAUAACUCAGUUUAUUAUGUGAUCUUGCUCUGCUCUGACCUACUGAUUGUAUGUGGCUGACUCAAUCUCUGACAUGCAAAACUGGAACAUUCUUAACUGUAAAGACACAUAUACAGUAUAAACCUACCCCUGUUAGGACUAACAGUCAGCUCCUCCAGACACAAUUCUGACUGAGCUGUACUAUGAGCAAUCAGUUGCUUCAACAAUGCUAACCCCUCUGAUUCUGCAAUUAGUGCAGACUUAUGAAUCAGUAGAUCCUCUUUAAGCUGUGAGACUAAUAUUGAUACAGCAGCGGCAGUCUUGAUUGGUGAUAAUUGACUAAAGUGGAGGCAUUUUGGGACUAUGCUGACAAAUCAGAACAAUAGACUGCGGAGUACUGGAAUAAGUGCACUGUCAAUGCACACAAACAGUAAACGUACACGUACUAACAGAUUAUGUUCGUAGUCCUCAGAGUUACGGUUACAACAGCACCUGGUGAAGACAACCCUAAGCACUCAUGCCAGUUAUGAUUUUACAACAGCGAGAUUUAGCUCAGCCAUGCAGAAAGCUGUCACCACUAGACAGUCUGGUUAAGGAAUUUCUGUAUGGAGAGGAUAAUUAGCUGGGACUCCACUUAUGCAGAGACUGAUUAGUGAAUGAGUCAGUAAAUUUGAGUCGUGGGUGGAAGAUGUACGCUGUCAUAACUUGCACCUUGAGAAGCACAGAUUGUUGAACAGUUGGCAGUUGGUGCGUGUGAUAGCCUGCGCCAGUGAAUUCAAGCAAGUGAGCAGGCCUGCAAGUCCUUUUCGCUUACAGUCUGGAAAAGUACAUUCAGUGAACCAUGCCUAUCCUCAGCCUCUACGUGAGCGAAAGCAUCGCAUCCCCUGUACAGGUGCCCCAUAAACCUUGUCUUCCCCACCCGCUGCUGUGAAAUAAAGAACAUGAUAAUAUCCGUGGAGCAUCGGCAGGUGUCUUGUCUAUUUUUAAAUGCUGAAACAGAAAGCAAGUAUUGAAAGUACGCCACAAAGUUCAAAGUCA